UGUGGUGUCUUCAGGCGGUUUCCGCCGCGAAUUUUGUCGAUUUUCCGGUUUGUUCAAAUUGUGUACGUUUUUUCGUGGAAAGUAUUCAGUAAAAUACUUCGAUCUGCCUAUGUUCCCAUAUAAUACUUCAUCAUGAAGCGCCACGCGCAGUGCCCGAUCGCCAAAGCGAAGAAAUUCACCUCGCCGAAUCUCGCGUACGUCGAACCGCUGCCGGUGGAAUCGCGCGAAACCGCGCCGAACGAACGAAUCGUUGCCCUCUUCACCGGUCUCACGGUGGAAGUGUGCGACCCGGUCGCAAUCGAAAAGCUUUCCCUGGGGGGAUGCUUCGGUCAGGGAACUUUGUCACGGUCGUUUCCCAAGUCGGUACGGGAGCCAGGUUCGAAAAAUAAAGAGGAAGUGAUCCGAAGGCGUGUGUUGGAACGACGGGAAGAGUGGCGCCGGAAGUAUGGGACUGUUGGGGGUUCUGGGAGGGUGCGUGCGUUAGAAGAUGAAGUGGAGGCGCAGCUGACGAGUGGGGCCAUUGCGCCCUGGCAGCUGAAAUUUGCUGUGGUGGAAAAACGAGUGGAUCCGUUUCCUGUUGCGGAGUAUUUGAGUUUGAUGUUUGAAGAAUCGUUGUUUUUAGUGAGGGAGUUAAAAUGUCUCGAAGUGCGGACGUUGGAUGGUGUUGUGAUAGCUGAGAAAGAUUUAAUAGAAAGGUUCUCGAAGCUGAAUAGGAAUUUCCUAGCUUCGUACGCGGGAUACCUGUACAUGAAGUCCAAAAACUGGAUCAUCAAAAGCGGGCUUAAAUUUGGUGGCGACUUCAUUCUUUAUCAAAAAGGUCCCCAGUUCUUCCAUGCAUCGUACAUCGUGCUGAUCGAACCCCAUCGGAAGGGACAGAAGCUUCCAGAAUGCUGUCACUAUCUGGACAGCUACGACUUCCAUGGUUUUAAUCGUAUAGCUGAAACCACUGCCAAAGAUUUACUAGUGCUAGAAAUCCAUUUCCCGGAUGAUCUCGAUCCAGCUGACUGUGCGGCCGGUCUGGAUCGUCUGAAGGAGUUCAAAGUCAGCGAAGUGCUACCAAGGCACCACAACUAUGCGGCCAAUCGGAUCAGUCAACAAGCGAGCACAUCCGGCUGUAAGUAG